AUGUCCUUUCAAGCUCUCCGAUCCCAGUAUGCCUCACUGCUGAAGCGGUUUCUAACCUCGACCAAAGACUUCGAGGUCCUAACAACCAUACCGCCCGAUCACUCCGCAGAAUCAGAAACACUCUAUGUCUUAGAUUCGUCCUUCAAUCCCCCCACCCGCGCCCACCUCCGCAUUGUCACCACGGCACUUCUAGAAAAUCCCCAGCCCCGCCCUCGCGUUCUCCUCCUUCUCGCCACCCAGAAUGCGGACAAGCCAUCCAAGCCAGCUUCCUUCGAGGACCGGCUCGUGAUGAUGGAGCUGUUAGCUCGGGAUCUCCGUGCCCACCUCGCAUCGGCACCGGCCUUCGCCGCCUCGGGAUUCACACAUGCUGUCGAAACUCUCCCGUUGAUUGAUAUAGGAGUCACAAAAAAGCCCUAUUUUAUCGAUAAAGCUGCUGCCAUAGAGACAUCGGAUUCUUACCCUGUGCCUCUGGAGCAGGUCCAUCUUACGGGUUACGAUACUUUGAUCCGGAUCUUCAAUUCCAAGUAUUAUCCCCCGGAACAUACCUUGGAGCCUCUGGGACCUCUCUUGUCAAAGCACAGGCUGCGUGUGACUAUGCGGCCGAGCGAUGAGUGGGGCGGGAGAGAGGAGCAGCUGGGGUAUGUGGCGGCCCUUGCUAGAGGGGACCGAGAUGACGAGGGUGCACGUAGGGAAUGGGCCGAGAGGAUUCAGCUUGUUGAGGGUCGUCUCCCUACUGAUAAGCCCGUGAGUUCAACUAGAGCCCGCGAGGCGCUGCAAUCGGCUCCCCAGGACCUGGACUGGUUGGUUCCUGAACAGGUGCGGCGGUUCGUGCUAUCUGAACACCCGUAUUCCGGAAAUUCCAAAGUGUAG